AUGCCUUUCACCGCCUCCGAUAUCUGCAAGAUCAUUCUUGCCGUCAUCCUCCCGCCCGUUGGUGUCUUCCUUGAACGUGGCUGCGGUGCCGACUUCUUCAUCAACAUUCUGUUGACCAUUCUUGGUUACCUUCCUGGUAUCAUCCACGCUCUGUAUAUCAUCCUGAAGUACUAA